UCUGAGGUGCGUCCGCGCUGGUGGCCCGAAAAAGGUGGACCAUGACUGUGGCUUCGGUGGCGUCACUCGCUGGGCUGCUCUUCCUGAGGUUUUCCUAAACCAUUCCCUGGUGGAACCGCUCCAGGUGAAGUCGAGCUGUGGGUCAGCAGAGGGGAGCGGUCCGGGAGGUGGGAAGCUCCUGUUGGGGCCCAAGAGCCUGGCCCGGUUCUAAAGAGUUUUGUCCACAAGUGCUUCUAGGAAAGAUGGCUGACAUUAACCUCAAAGAAGUAACCUUAAUUGUAGGUGUAGUUACUGCCUGCUAUUGGAACAGUCUCUUUUGUGGUUUUGUUUUUGAUGAUGUUUCAGCAAUACUGGAUAAUAAAGACCUACAUCCAUCUACACCUUUAAAAACUUUAUUUCAAAAUGACUUCUGGGGAACCCCUAUGUCUGAGGAAAGAAGCCACAAGUCUUACCGUCCCUUAACAGUAUUGACAUUUCGCUUAAAUUACCUAUUUAGUGAAUUAAAACCAAUGUCAUAUCACCUCCUGAAUAUGAUUUUUCAUGCUGUGGUUAGUGUGAUAUUUCUUAAAGUCUGCAAACUUUUUUUGAAGAACAGGAGUAGUAUGAUUGCUUCGUUACUUUUUGCAGUGCACCCAAUACACACAGAAGCAGUAACAGGAGUUGUAGGAAGAGCAGAACUUUUGUCUUCUAUCUUUUUUCUAGCUGCAUUUUUGUCAUAUACCAAAUCAAAAGGACCAGAUAAUUCCAUAGUGUGGACUCCAAUUGCAUUGACCGUGUUUUUAGUGGCUGUCGCAACAUUGUGUAAAGAACAAGGAAUAACUGUUGUGGGAAUUUGCUGUGUAUAUGAAGUGUUUAUUGCCCAGGGGUAUACUUUGCCAUUAUUAUGUACUGCUGCUGGACAGUUUCUCCGUGGAAAGGGUAGUAUACCAUUUUCUAUGCUGCAGACACUAAUAAAACUCAUUGUCUUGAUGUUCAGUACAUUAUUACUUGUUGUGAUUAGAGUCCAGGUCAUUCAGUCCCAACUUCCAGUAUUCACCAGAUUUGAUAACCCAGCUGCUGUAAGCCCAACUCCUACAAGGCAGCUAACUUUUAACUACCUCCUUCCUGUGAAUGCUUGGCUUCUAUUAAACCCUUCAGAGCUCUGCUGUGAUUGGACCAUGGGAACAAUACCACUUAUAGAAUCAUUACUGGACAUUCGAAAUCUGGCCACAUUUACUUUCUUUUGCUUUCUGGGGGCUUUGGGAGUAUUUAGUCUCCGAUACCCUGGUGAUUCUUCCAAGACAGUUCUAAUGGCACUUUGUUUAAUGGCAUUACCAUUUAUUCCUGCCUCAAACCUUUUUUUUCCAGUUGGAUUUGUUGUUGCCGAGCGAGUAUUAUAUGUUCCUAGCAUGGGGUUUUGUAUUUUGGUAGCCCAUGGAUGGCAGAAAAUAUCAAACAAAAGUAUUUUUAAAAAGCUGUCCUGGGUUUGUCUGUCUGUGGUGAUACUCACCCAUGCCUUGAAAACACUCCACAGAAAUUGGGAUUGGGAGUCUGAAUAUACAUUGUUUAUGUCAGCCUUGAAGGUAAAUAGAAAUAAUGCCAAACUAUGGAAUAAUGUGGGUCAUGCUCUGGAAAAUGAAAAGGAUUUUGAGAAAGCUUUAAAAUACUUCUUACAGGCUACCCACGUUCAGCCAGAUGAUAUUGGUGCCCACAUGAAUGUAGGAAGAACUUAUAAAAAUUUAAACAGAACCAAAGAAGCUGAAGAAUCUUACAUGAUGGCUAAGUCACUGAUGCCUCAAAUUAUUCCUGGUAAAAAAUAUGCAGCUAGAAUUGCCCCCAACCACCUAAAUGUUUAUAUCAAUCUGGCUAACCUGAUUCGAGCAGAUGAGUCCCGACUGGAAGAAGCAGAUCAGCUGUACCGACAAGCAAUAAGCAUGAGGCCUGACUUCAAACAGGCUUACAUUAGCAGAGGAGAAUUGCUUUUAAAAAUGAAUAAACCUCUCAAAGCAAAGGAAGCAUAUCUUAAAGCACUAGAGCUGGACAGGAGUAAUGCAGACCUUUGGUACAACUUGGCAAUUGUACAUAUUGAACUUAAAGAACCAAAUGAAGCUCUGAAAAACUUUAAUCAUGCUUUAGAACUAAAUCCAAAGCAUAAACUAGCGUUAUUCAAUUCUGCUAUAUUAAUGCAAGAAUCAGGUGAGGUUAAACUCAGACCAGAAGCUAGAAGACGACUUCUAAGCUAUGUAAAUGAAGAGCCACAAGAUGCUAAUGGCUAUUUCAACUUGGGAAUGCUUGCCAUGGAUGACAACAAGGAUACUGAAGCAGAAAUUUGGAUGAAGAAAGCCAUAAAAUUACAAGCUGACUUCAGAAGUGCUUUGUUUAACCUUGCUCUCCUGUAUUCUCAGACUGCAAAAGAAUUAAAAGCUUUGCCAAUUUUGGAAGAGCUACUCAGAUACUAUCCUGAUCAUAUCAAGGGCCUCAUCUUAAAGGGAGAUAUCCUAAUGAAUCAAAAAAAAGAUAUACGUGGAGCAAAAAAGUGUUUCGAAAAGAUUUUGGAGUUGGAUCCAAGCAAUGUGCAAGGAAAGCACAAUCUUUGUGUUGUUUAUUUUGAAGAGAAGGACUUAUUAAAAGCUGAAAGAUGCCUGGUUGAAACAUUGGCAUUAGCACCACAUGAAGAGUAUAUUCAGCGCCAUUUGAGUAUAGUCAGGGAUAAAAUUUCUUCAUCUAGUUUUGCAGAACAGUCAAUAUUCCCAACUGAUAAGACUUCAGUUGUAGAAGAAGGAGACAAAAUUCCAACUGAAAGUGUAAAGGGAAUUUUAAGCGAAUCCAGACCAACACAAAUAAUAAAAACAGGCAAUAAUAAAAGUCAGUCUAAAUCUAACAAACAACUAGGAAGAAAUACAGACAAAGAGAUACCCCACAAAACAACAAAAGACAUCAAAGAAAUUGAAAAGAAAAGAGUUGCUGCUUUAAAAAGACUGGAAGAGAUUGAACGUAUUUUAAGUGGUGAAUAGCAUUCUUAUUUAUAAGAUGUCAAGUCUGUAUCAUGUGAUUGCUUGUACCAAGAGCCCUGAAAAAUAUCAAGGAUCCAUAACUCUUAUCAUGAGCUUACUCAACAUAGGAUCAAAACAUUUUCGUUUAAUGACCUAUCUUACCCCAGGAUAUGUAUUACAUAAAAGUUUUCAUAGAUUUGGGUGAAUAUGGCAUAAAUAUUAAAUUACAGUGACAAAUUUAUAACUUUUAUUAUAAAAGGAAGAUUUUUCUGGCACAAUAAUCUUUAGUACUCAAUUAAAAAUUUUUUCACGCCUAGAUGGUAAUCCCUUGAGGGCAAACCCAACAUGUGCUGGUUUGGUCUGUGAAUUCCCAUUUAUUAGCCUACUGUUUAUUUGUUUUUUUUUUCUUAAACCUCUUAGAAUUUGUGGAUUCAAAUCUAAUUUAAAUAUCUGCGAUUUAAAAUCUUAAAUUCAUUCACUUAUGAACACUUCUUUUAUCUUGAUUAAUUUUGUUUAACCAAGGGACUUUGCACUACAAAAAAGCAACAGCUUUCCUUAUGUUAUAUUUGGUUAGGAGGAAUGCUAGAUGAAGUAUUUUUUUAAGAAGUUGCGUGCUAGCUUAAGAAUGUAUUUUCAUAGUUAUAUACAUGUCUUUAAUGUCACUCUAACAGUUUAAAACUCUUGCAAUUUUUAAGCAAGUAAAGUUUUACACACAUAUAUACACACAUUUCUAAUGGUGCUUUUAUAUAUUGCUAGGUUGGGGGGGUUGUUUGUUUUGUUGUGUUUUCCUUAUUGAUAGUGUUGCAUUAUAAGUCACAUAAUCAUGAUUUCUCUUUCACUUUAUUCCCCAAACUAUUCAUGUUUCUUUGAAUCAUAAUCAUGCUGAGAAGUCCCAGUAACUCUAACUUUAAACUUUGGGUCAUAAUAAAUUUCUCUUUUAUCUUAGUGUUAACUUUCUGGUCUAUUCUGAAUUUUAAUUUUUGUUUUCAAAACCUAACCUUAAUCAUUCUUAGAUACCUUAAGCCACUAAAUUCACUUCUGUUGAACUGACGGUAAAACAAUGUGACAGUUUAAUUUUAAACACUAAAUUCUUGAUAUCUUCUUAUGGUAUAUAUUUUUAUUAAAUAUUUAUUUUGACUACUGAGCUUUUCGUAAAAAUUUUAAGGCUGUUCUAAUUCCAUUAACUAUGGAAAAAAUUACUAUUCCAUUUUCUUAUCCAUAUAUUAUGAUUUAACCAAAAUUGCAUCAUUUUUUGGCUUGCUAUUCAGCUAUGUAAAAGAUAAUCUAACAUAGGAUUAAUCAAUUUGUUGGUUUUGGCAUAUUUAAACCUGCAUGUUAGGUUGAAAGGUAGAUACAAAUAAAACUAAUUUAAAUCUGAUUUUUUUCAGUUAAAAUACAUUUCAAAUGAAUUUUGUAAUACCUGAUAAAGUUAGUUUUAAUUUAAAAUGUUAAAGCUUAAACUGUCAUCCUGGGUUAGUAACUAAUUUCUAAUCAUGCAGUAUUUCAAGAAGUUUUAGUUCCUUUGCGAUAACUAGUUUCUAAUUAUAUAUGGUUCAAAGACCAUAUUCCUGUAAGUUUUUAAAGAAUUGUUUUAUAAAUAGAUCAUAAAAUAACAAGGUCUGAAUUAAAGACCCACUCUUACUAGAUUCUCUGAGAGCCUGUUUUUUUAAGGUAAUUUAAGCACUGAUAUCAGUCAGAGUUAAUUCAGAUCAUAAGAUUCUGUUAAGCAUCACGCAAUGCUUAAUUUCAGUUCUUAGAUUAUGGCUUUGUGCCUCCAGAUAGAAGGUAGAGAAUACCUCAGGUAUUAUGACUAGAGAAAUGAAAUUCAUCUUACUCUUAUCUUCUCUUCAUGUAUCUUGAGGAAAAGUUUCAGAGUGUGAUCUCUUCGGUUGUAGUAUCAAGUGGGGAGUAGUUCAGAAAAGUAGAAGGAAAUCUUUCGUGACAGCGGACUAUAAUAGAAGUUUGAGUAAUAUUUUAAUAAAUUUAUAUAACUAUUCAAAUGAUAAAAUGUAUAUAUUAAUGUUAUCUAUUAAUUUUUAUAGAAAAAAAGUCUUUUAGCACUUAGAACAGUGCCUAUUACAUAGGAAAUGCUCAUAUAUUUUAAUUUUUUUAAUUUAUUUAAAUCAGAUCCACCCUGAGUAAUUAUAAUUAAUAAUUAUUCCAAAUCAAUGCUUUCCAGCCCUCACUUCAUAUUAGAAUCAUCAAGGGGGGGGUUUACUAUGCACACCAUCAUAUAAUUAUAUCUGAAUUACAGGGCAGUGGAACCAUGCUUCAGUUUUUCCAAAAACUCUCCCAGUGAUUCUCAUUUAUGGUCAGGAUUAAGGGUCACUGCUCUAAAUUAGUUCAGGAAAAUCUUUUUUUUUUUUUCCCUUCUGUGUUAACUUUUUGAAUUAGUAAUUAACACAAUUAUGUUUUGAUGGCUAAAGUUUCAUUAAGGAAUAUGUUCUUCCAAUAACUACUAUUUAUUACUUGAAAUUUAAAAUCUUAAGUUCAUAAGCUCACUAUGUGUAACAUUAUUAUUUCUUCUCUGUAACCUCAUAAUAAGUAUUUUAUUCAAACUAUUCAAGUAAGACAAGGUAAUGAUUGUUUUUUCCUCUGAGCUGCCUGCCUGUUUGUGGAAAUGAAGUGGGGACAUCUAAUCGCAAAUCACUAACCUAUGGUUUGGACUUGUGAUCAUGUGCAAGUUUGGACAUGAAAGCUUAUUGCAGGAUAUUAUGCUUAUGUCUCGCAAAAAGAAUCUACUCCUGAGGAGUUCUAGAAGAAGCUUUGACAAUCUCCAAGGGGCAAUGUUGUGUUACUCCUUCACUGCUCUUUGAAGUUAGAAUUUAAGUUUUUGCAAUUGCUCCUAUAUGUGUUUCCUCAUUAACAUUCAGAAUUGGGAAUUUUAUGUUAUAAUUUUUACAGGAAGUAGUUUUCUGAAAUUAAAGACUUAGAGAAUAAAAUAUGUAAUUUUGUUUAUCAUAAAGUUUGUGUUUACUUUUAUGUAAAUAUUUAGUAUGUGAAUUACACAAUUCUAAUAAAACCUCAUGCCUUUUCAUUGCAUCUAAUUUGACUCUCAACUUCAUGUUACAGAAUGCUUCUUUAAAGAUGCUUUAAUGAAAAAUAUUAAGAAAAUAUAUAGAUUUGUAUGUCAGUUUAUACUUCAGAAAUCUACAUAUUUGCCAUAUUUAUUUUUUUAAAGAUCUCCUAAUUGCAUGACUAAGUGAUAUUUAAAAUGAACUCCCCAAAAUAUCUGGUACCUUUGUCCAAAAUUUUAUUUGUUGGAAGCAUCAGCCAUUCAUGUUAAGAAUUCAUAAGAAAACAGUUUAAAAUCAUACACAUUUUAUAUUACUGUAGUGUCUGUGUGUACCAUUAUUUCUAAAUAUUCAGUAUUAAAUUGUUACUUUCUAAAACC